AUUAACCUGCACGAGAAGGUCCUUCCUGCAAAGCAGCAAGUUCAGUGCCCAAUACAUCCAAACGUCUGUAAAGCCCAACGCCACUGCCUCCGCGUUCGCGUCUGCGUCCGUGUCUGACUCUCUCUCCUCUCAAUCCAAAGCAGUCUCUCCGUGCUUACUUGCGUACAUGGAGGGUCAUGGUUAUAAAUCUUUAUAUGUAUUGGUGACAUCUUGUGCAAGCCCAUAUCAAGGUGAGAUAUAUGAAAUUCAAAUCCAAAAAGGAUCUGGACAAAUUAUGGGGGAAGGAGGAGGAGCAAUUGGAGUUAAUUAUGGCAAAGAUCAAGCCCCACUGAUUGAUCCUGUAACCACCUUCUUCAACAAGAAGACUUACUCCAUCCCGAACAUUUGUCUCUGUGAUGCUACAGAGUUAUUCGGUGGCUCCAAGUUGUAUUUGUUGCUGAGACAGGGCAUGCAAGUUAGUCCUCUUCGCUCCUUCAUGACACCGGACUCCUUGAAGGGACAUGUUUUUGACAUACAAAACAAGUCAUUCUCUACCUUCGAGGGCCCCAAAGUACCUAAGCCACUUGGAGCUGUGAUUUCUGCAUAUGAUAAGUUAUAUAAUCUUGCAAUUCCUAUAACCUCUCCGUAUAGGCCAAACCCAGAAUCAGUGUUUGAGCGGUACGAUCCCCACAAUGACAGUUGGGAGUUUCUUCCACCUGUUCCCUCCUUUAUUUCUGAUAAAAGAGUGGAGAUAGUUGGUUAUGCUGUUUACAACGACAAUAUUUUGCUUUCGUUAAGAUGCGCCUUAGGAUCUAAGUUCAUUGCAUUUCAUGUAAGAACUAAGGAAUGGCGCCAUGUCGAAGCAGAUUUAUCUAGUCGCAUGGCCUUAUCACAUUUUCCUUUCCGAGGGAGGGCGGUGGUUUUAGGUAAUCGAAUGUAUGCUUCAUCUAAUAUAUUUGGGGUGGUUAUUGAAUUUUUCUUCGAUUGUGAAGCAUAUUCUUUAACCCCAAAGUUGGUGCUUCCGGGUUUGGAAAGAAUGUACCCUUCAUACAUGGAUUUUGGUGUUCAGACAGAGUAUUUGGUUCAUUUGGGGGGCUGGGAUUUUUGUCUUGUCCAGACUGCCUAUGACUACAGGAGGAAUGAUCGUCAGCCUCUGUGGAUCACCACGUUCCGAAUCGUUGUUGGAAGCGGAGGAAGUAGCAAGAUCGAGAUUUUGCAUUCAACUGUUCGCGAUGUGUACAUCCGCAAAGCUUGGCAUUUUCAGGUCAAAUUCAGCUUCACGCCAUUGCAAGAAUGGUGAACUCCAAGUAGAAGAAGAAGAAACAAGGAGCUAGGGAAAGGACGCAAAGGGACUCAAAGGGAAAUGCCCAUCUUGAAGACAAAGUGAUGCUUUCCCAUGCCCUCUGAUCCUGUAGAUUCCUGCUGCACCUUAUCGGCUGUGCUAUUUUUUAAGGGAAAUUGGCGGCUUUACCCCUGGCGCAGCUAAUUUAUUCAAUAUUACCCCCAUUUUGAAACUCCAUCACAAAUACCCCCUAUAAAAACUCCAUAUUGACAGCUUAUUGUGUUUUUUUUUCCACAGUCCUUACGCUUUCUCUUCCUCUUCUUCCUUCUGCCAAACCUCACAAAAUCCACCUCCACCACCAUAGAAUCUCCCCUAACUUUAUCUCCUCUUAGUUAUAUCUUCCAAGUAGGGGCUGAUUUCAACCUCAAGGUUGAACCCCAAAUUUGGAACCAUACCCUAGCCAAGGUGCGACUCACCACCUCCUUUGUCGGCCUCCACAACGAAGCCACAGUCUUGACUUUCCACCUCCGUCGUCGACUUCCACCACAAAGCCACGACACUUCAUCGUCUAUCAUCACUGUGAAAUGGACACAAUUGCAAUUUUGGUUUGCUACAAUGGAAAAUGGGUAACCUCAAAGAAGAUGUGCACAUAUGAAGGGGGUGACUCAAAAGGCGUAAUAAUUUCGCGAAACAUCACGUUUGGUGAGCUUUUGGAAAGGGUGCAUAAGAUUGUUAAUACAGACAACAGGGAAGACAAGCUUUGUUUAAAGUUCUCAGUUUCAAUAUCCUCGAAUGAGUGUAAGCAUAUCAAGAUUGAGGAUAAUGAUGAUGUGAAAUUUUUUAUUAAGUACAUUUGUGACGUAAUUCCUUCAAAAGUGGCUCCUUUACUAGUGAGCAUAGAAGACAUAAGAGUGAAAAAUGUCGUAGGUGAUCGUAUGCAUAUCAUGACAGAUAUGAGUCGAAUGGCCUGUUCUUCAAAUGCCAUAGUUGAAAGCAAUGGUAAUAUACAUGGUGAUUCUGGAACAGAAUAUUUAAACAGGAUUGAUUUUACAGGGAUGGAGGGGAUGCAUAGUGGUGAUAAUGGUACAGAAAUGAAUGGCUUGCAAAUGCACUCAACCCCUCCUAGUUUGGCCCAUUUGGAGACAUUUUCACAAGUGGGUGUGACGGGUUUCGGAACAACGUCUGAACUUUCUAUUCGACAUAAUUGGAGACAAAUGGGUGAACAAAACGUGCACAAUUUGGGUAUUGUAAAUGAUGAAGAAGAAGAUAUUGAAAGUGCGUAUUCACGGAAUAAUUGGGAUCCAAAAUUGGAAGUUGGGAAAAUUUUCUCUAGUAAGGAAGCAUUGUCCAACAAGUUACAAUUGGCAGCAGUGAGAGGUCACUUUGAAUUUAAGGUGAAGCAGUCUUGCAAGAGUCGAUUGGUUGUGGUUUGUUCUCAAGGUCCAUGUCCAUGGCGGCUUCGUGCAUCUAGUUAUGGAGAAAAGAACUUCAUGAUUGUGAAAUAUAAUCCGGUCCAUGAAUGUGAUAUGAGUUUUAUACAUGACAAGCAUCGUCACGCAAGUGCUAAACUCGUUGGUAAUGCAGUGAAACGGAAGUUGAAAGAUUCUCGCACAAUAUACACACCAAGUGAUAUAAUCAGAGAUGUAAAACAAAACUUUGGGGUCACCAUUAAUUAUUGCAAAGCUUGGAGAUCGAGGGAGUUAGCUGUAAUGUCCACUAGAGGUUCAGUAGAGGAGGCAUAUUCUCUCCUUCCAGCUUAUUGUCACGAAUUAGAGCGUGUGAAUUCUGGCACAAGGACACACAUCCACACCGAUGAGAACAAUAACUUUUUGUAUUUUUUUAUGGCUGUUGGGGCAUGUAUUAGAGGGUUUCAAUCUUCGAUGCGGCCAGUCAUUGCUGUGGAUGCCACGCAUUUAAAAUGUAAGUAUAAGGGUGUCCUCUUUGUUGCUAAUGCAUUUGACGGAAAUCGAAAUAUAUAUCCUCUUGCUUUUGGAAUUGGGGAUUUAGAGACGGAUGCAUCAUGGCAUUGGUUUUUUAGUAAGCUUCAUGAAGCCAUUGGUGAGUGUCCAAAUCUUGUGAUUAUUUCUGAUCGGAAUAUUAGCAUAGAGAAUGUGUGGCACAACGUUUUUCCAGCAGCACAACAUGGCAUAUGCUUUUACCAUAUGAAGGGUAACAUGAAACGCACUUUCAAACUGAAAAAACGUGAUAAAUUGUUGCUAUACUUUGAACAAGCUGCGAAAUCUUAUGGUAUCGCUGAAUUUGAUCGUCAUUUUCGUAAGAUAAAGGGAAAUGAUGAGGUUGCUCAAUAUCUUGAAAGUGCAGGAUUACACAAGUGGUCUAGAGCUCAUAUGGAUGGACGUCGAUACAAUGUAAUGACAACAAAUAUUGCGGAGUCAAUCAACUCAGUCCUUCGGUUUGCAAGGAUGCUACCAGUGGUGCAUUUGAUUGAUGAAAUCAUCAAACUGCUUGUGAAAUGGUUCAGUAAACGUCGUGAUUUUGCUUUGAAUUGUACAUCAACAUUGUGCCCUGACUUUGGCGAGAAGAAGCUGAGACACAGGUUGGAAUGUGCUUCAAGGAUGAAUGUUGUGAAACUGAAUCACGUAGAGUAUAAUGUCGUGGACGGUGAUAUGGACGGCCACGUACAUUUGACGAAUAACACUUGCAGUUGUAGGAAGUUUCAGCUUGAGCAACUACCUUGCAAGCAUGUAGUUGCAGUUUGCCGUUUCUUGAAACUAAAUGUAUACUCCAUGGCUUCUCGUUAUUACACUCGAAAUACAUGGUUGGAUGCUUAUUCAGAUACCAUCUACCCGGUACAACCUCAAGAGUUGUGGGUUAUUCCUGAAGAUGUCCAAAGUAGAGUUGUGCAUCCUCCCAAUGCAAAGGUCAUGCCAGGCCGACGAAAGAAGCUAAGGAUUCCAUCGCAAGGAGAGGAUAUCAUAAGGAGAAAAUGCUCAAGGUGCAGUGGCACAGGCCACAAUAAAAGCACUUGUAAAAACAAUGUUCCACUACCUAAUGUUGGACAUACAUUAUGAAUUAUGGAGUGUGAAUUUGAAUUGUAUUUGUAUUGCGUUUGGUGUUUUGUGGAUUGUGAAUUCUGUUAAAUUUUCAUUAUUUGGUAUGUAU